AUCAGCUGUUUUCUGUUUAGUUUUUUUUUCUGAUUCAUUUGAUUCUCAUUUUAAUGUUAUUAUUAUAAUUGCGAAUCUUAUUUACUUUUUCAUCUCUCAUUUUCUUAAUUGUAAAUCUAAUUUAGUUUACUAAUCAUCCACAUUCUGAUACAGUUAUAGUGGUUUUUGGAUAGAUAAAGAAAUGGAUAAAUCUUUAUUGUUAAGUGGUGAACAAUUAUUGGAAUUAAAGUGUCUCUAUCAAGAGGAGAAAAAGAUGAGACGGAAACGGCAAAGGUUCAAUUCGAGUAAUUUGUCAAUCAAACGAGAAGAGAUUCCAUCUCCUGGUGUAAUGGUGACAAUUGAACAGGAAGUUAAUCGGCAACUUGAAGAUCGAUUUGAAUUACUUGGAAGAGAUCGAGUGAGAUCUUCUAAUGAAAUGGGAUUAGCUGAAUGGAUUCCCGAAAGUAAAUCAAGUAAAGUGAUUAGUACAAAGAAACGAUCUCCAUGGAUGGGAUUUAUGGAAAACAAUCAACUAAUGUAUUCACCUGAAGAGACAAUUUUCCUGAUGGAAUGUGAAUCUAUUCUAGUUAACUACAUGGGAGCUCAAUUAAGCCUUCAAAGUGCAUACCAAUUAAUUUUAUCGAACAAUCAACUUGGAAGAAAUUACCAAAUUUACUCUUAUUUAACUCGUUUAGGAUUCAAACUUAAAUCAUUUAAAUGUGAUGAUAAAAAAUCACUUACAAAGGAUCAAUCCAAUUCUAGUCUUGAUGUUAAGACAAUCACAGAUCAUUUGAAUGAAAAGAUCAAUCGACUUACAUACAAACCAAGUUGCAGAUCAAAUUUUAACAAUCUACAAGUGGUCGUUACUCCACUUCGAAGGCCAAUGUUUCUAAAUGGGACAAGUUUCGCUAAAACGGCAAAUUGGUCAGAGUACAAACGAUUAAUGGAACCGAGAGAAAAUUCAUCAAUCAUAUUCGAUGAAGAAUCAACCGUAUUAGAGCUUAAUGAUGACCUUCGUUCUAAGGAAAAUAUCUUGGACCAAUUACCGAAUUCAAGUUUAAUCGACCACAACAAUGGCCUUAAACCGCUAAUUGAUCAGACAAAAAUUAUCGACAUUAAUAAGUUACAUGAGAUAAUUAAAAUCGCCGGACCUCAAGAGCAAAAUCUUCAUCAACUGUUACCAUCAUCUAAAUGCAAGCUUGAGAUAAAUUAUCAAGUUUUCAUGGGAAAUGUUAAAAAUUUCAAUUCAACUAAACCAGACAAUUGUUUAAUCAUCACUAAUGAACAAUUUACUCCGAUGAUCCAAGAAUUAAUUUCUCUGGAUGAAAACUGUAACGAAUCGACUCCAAUUUUUGCCGUCAACUCACAUUCGGAAUUUAAUUUCAAUACAUUGCAACAUUUUCACCUCUGGGAAGAGAUUCCAACCUUUUGGGACUCGAGUUUAAAUUAUUGAAUUAAAUUAGCGAAAAAUUUUAACGAAAACUGAAAAAUUUGAUCAACAAUCAAUCUUCAAAUUAAAAGGACUAACAAUUAAGCCGAGAAAAUGGUUAGAUUAAAUAAAUCUUAUUAAUAUCUUCAUGUGUGUCAUAUUUUGUGAAUCCACUUCCAGAGGAAUAACAAUCAACAGGUUGUUUUUCGUUAAUUAAUUGUAAUAAAUGAAAAAAGAAAAAAAAAUUAAAAAAAAUGCGAUAUUCGAAUUAA